AUGGAGCUAGAAAAUGAAAUAAUCAGCUCCUCCAGCAAUUCUUCAGCAGGCUCCAGAGAGUACAAGGUGGUGAUGCUAGGAGCAGGGGGAGUUGGCAAAAGCGCAAUGACAAUGCAGUUCAUAAGCCAUCGGUUCCCUGACUAUCAUGAUCCAACUAUAGAGGAUGCCUAUAAAACUCAAGUCCGAAUUGAUGACGAGCCAGCUUAUUUGGACAUUCUAGACACUGCUGGACAGGCAGAAUUCACAGCCAUGAGGGACCAAUACAUGCGAGGCGGAGAAGGCUUCAUUAUCUGCUAUUCCAUCACGGACCGCCAAUCCUUUCAAGAAGCUGCUGAGUUUAAGGAACUGAUUUAUCGUGUCCGGCACACCUACGACAUCCCCUUGGUGCUGGUGGGAAACAAAAUAGAUCUGGAAGAGUUCAGACAGGUCUCGACCGAAGAAGGAAUGAGCUUAGCCAGAGAAUACUCCUGUUCCUUUUUUGAGACGUCAGCUGCCCUCCGCUUCUACAUUGAUGAUGUCUUUCAUGGACUAGUGAGGGAAAUCCGAAGGAAAGAGUCCUCACUGCCUAUGGUAGAGAAGAAGAUGAAAAGGAAGGAUAGUCUGUGGCGGAAACUGAAAGGAUCUCUGAAGAAAAAAAAGGAAAGUACAACCUGAUGGCAGUUCCCCAUGAGCCACCCAUCAGGAGCUGACCACAGUAACCAGUAACAGUUAAAAAAAGACAGCAUUGACACAGCAUCUUCCAGACUAGGUCCUGGAGUUCCUUCCCUUCAGCCCUCAUCCAGAAGUAGCUCCCUGAAGGCCCAAUUCAUGGUUGCCCUGUGGCUCCUCUGUAUUAUAGAUAAAGUUACUUAGCACACCCUUUCAUCCCUUAUCUGCAAAUCUGAGUGGAGAAAAUACUGUGUAUUUUCACCUGUGGUCCCUGGCUGGUCUUUGAACACUAGGAGUUAAGCCAGCAUCCAAGGCAGAACCAGCUUCCACCAGCUGUAGGACAAGGGAUGCACUUAUUGCCUCCUCUCUACAUGCAUGGAACAUUGCACCA